UGGUGUUGGAUGUGUUGUAAGUAUAGUUGAAUGCGGUCGACGGUCGACGGUCGACACACUCGACAGUAGUCGACGUUUGACAUAGCGGAUAAGUUUAAUAAGUUGUGAUUUAAAACAACCUGAAGACACACCGAGUUAUUUUUUGGAGUUAUUUAUUUCUUGUUUUCUUGCACAACGUGGUGCAUCGUGGUGCAUAAAAGCUUUUUUCUUUGUUCAUUUUAUUCUUUUACAUGGUAUUAAAGACCAAGUAAAAUGCCUGUCUUCCAUACUAAGACUAUUGAGAGUAUUCUCGAGCCUGUGGCUCAGCAGGUUUCGAGACUUGUCAUUUUACAUGAAGAAGCUGAAGAUGGAAAUGCAAUGCCAGAUUUGGGACGGCCUGUACAGGCCGUCAGUAUGGCUGUGACCAAUCUUGUGAAAGUAGGAAAAGAAACAAUAAACUCUUCCGAUGAUGCUUUGCUUAAGCAAGAUAUGCCAGCAGCACUACAACGUGUUGAGGGUGCUUCUCGUCUUUUGGAAGAAGCUUCAGCCAUGUUGAAACAAGAUCCAUAUUCUGGUUCUGCCAGAAAGAAACUUAUAGAAGGAUCACGUGGUAUUUUGCAAGGUACCAGUUCCUUGCUACUCUGUUUCGAUGAGAGUGAAGUACGAAAAAUUAUACGAGAAUGUAAACGCGUACUAGAUUAUCUAGCUGUUACUGAAGUUAUUGAAACAAUGGAGGAUUUGGUACAUUUUCUAAAGAAUUUAAGCCCGUGCCUUAGUAAGGUAUCAAGGGAAGUAAGCGCACGCGAGAAAGAAUUAACACAUCAAGUGCAUAGGGAAAUAUUAGUGCGUUGCUUAGAACAAGUGAAGACACUUGCUCCAAUUUUGAUCUGUUCCAUGAAAAUUUUCAUCCAUAUUAUUUCACAAGGUGGAAAAGGUGCAGAAGAAGCAGCAGAAAAUCGUAAUUACUUGUCUGGGAGAAUGUCUGAUGAAUUAAACGAGAUUAUUCGAGUGUUACAACUUACAACAUAUGACGAAGAAGAAUGGGACGCUGAUCAAUUAACUGUGCUAAAAAAAGCUCAAAGUGCUAUAGAAUCGAGAAUACGAGCUGCUUACGAUUGGUUGGACGACGGACUGGCCCUAAGAGGUGGUGUUGGAGAAAAAAGUCUUCGUCAAAUAAUAGAACAAGCAUCACGUUUGGCAGAACGGUAUCUACCUCCGUCGCAGGCAGAAUCCAUGUCUAAAUUAACAUCUCAAAUUGCUACUAUGACCGAUGCUCUCUGCGAACUACGCCAAUAUGAUAAAGGCACUACACCACAAGCGGAAGCCUUAGCACGCAGUAUUAAAGAGAAAUUAAACGAACUUCGCGGCUCGGUAGCAUCUGCUUUAGUAGCAGCAGAUAAAUCGGGAUCUGCACAAACAGCACAUACAGUAGCCGGUCGAUUAGAACAAGCAAAUAAAUGGCUUCUGAAUCCACAGCAUGAUGACAAGGGACUUGGUAAAAGGGCUAUAGCUUUAAUAAUACACGAAGGAAAAAAGGUGGCCGAAGGUUUACCAGGUAUACACAAGGCUGAGAUUUUACAAUUGUGCGACGAGGUAGACAACUUGUCGCAUCAGCUUGCCGAUCUCUGUGCUCAUGGACAGGGUAACACUCCGCGCGCUCAGGAAAUCGCCCGGCAAUUGUCGCACAAACUUUACGAACUGAAAAAUCGAAUACAGCAAGCUGUUGUGUCUCGCGUCGUUGAAGAUUUUAUUGAUAUCAGUACACCUCUCAAGCAAUUUACGGAUGCGGUUUUAGCUCCAGCUAACACACUUGGACGCGAUCAAAACUUUAACGACAAAACAUGCGCGUUACAAACAUUCUCGAAUAGAGCGGCAAAGACUGCAAGAAUGGUCGCGGCUGGCGGAAGUGGCGGAAACAAAAAGUUGGCAGAAGCGUUGGCUGCCAGUGCUUCACAAGUGGAAUCUUUGACACCGCAGCUGAUUAAUGCUGGACGAAUUCGCAUGACAUAUCCAGACAGCAAAGCCGCGGACGAACAUUUUGAGAAUUUACGACAACAAUAUGCGGAGACGAUGCAAAGAGCGCGAGCUUUAUGUGACGAAGCGACCGACAGCGGCGAUUUUAUUAGAAUUUCCGAAGAGCAGAUGCAGAAACAUACGUUCCUUUGUGAGGAAGCUAUUGCCAAGGCUCUGCCACAAAAAAUGGUUGACAACACGGCAUCUAUCGCACGUCUCGCGAAUCGAGUUAUACUUGUUGCGAAACAAGAAAGUGAUAAUAGCGAAGAUCCUGCCUUUAUACAGAGAGUAAAUCAUGCUACCAACAUUCUUCAAAACAGUGUCGCUCCAAUGGUUCAAGAUGCAAAAUUGGUGGCAAUGAACAUCAAUGAUAACACCGCUGUAUCACGCUGGAGAGAAAGUAAUCGCGCACUUUUAGCGAAUGUCGGACAAGUUCGUAAGGCCAUUACAAUCCAACCAGAUUUAGUGCCACCUCUAGACGUGUCACAAUUACGUAUUACUGAUGACGUACAAAUUCCAAUUCAACAAAAUAAUAAUUACUCCAAAGCUAAAGUAGAGAAUCCUGAUCUUUUAUAUCAAGAACUGGCUUUUGACAGCGAAUUAGACAAAUCAAUUCAAGAUGGAGAUUAUUACAACUAUUAUAGAGAUGAUGAAGUAGCACCACCUCGUCCGCCUUUGCCGGGAGGUGACAUUCCACCGCCGAGACCUCCACCUCCCGAGACAGAUGAUGAGGAAGAAAUGUUCAUGCAUGCUCCUCAACCGAAUCAACCAAUAAUGAUGGCUGCUCAUGGUUUGCAUCAAGAAGUGCGACAAUGGUCAAGCAAGGACAAUGAAAUUAUUGCCGCAGCAAAGAAGAUGGCCAUAUUAAUGGGCAGACUGUCAGGAUUAGUUAGAGGUGAAGGUGGCAAUAAACGAGAUCUUAUUGCUUGCGCUAAGGCUAUUGCAGAAGCAUCUCAAGAAGUGACGCGUUUAGCAAAAGAACUCGCAAAAGAAUGUACUGAUAAACGUAUUCGAACGAAUCUUCUCCAAGUUUGCGAGCGCAUACCUACUAUUGGAACACAGCUAAAAAUAUUGUCUACAGUAAAGGCCACUAUGCUCGGCGCACAAGAGACACUUCCGACCUGGGAAGAGCUGAUGCUUUAUGGUACAGAAGAAGAUCAGGAAGCCACAGAUAUGUUAGUCGGAAACGCUCAAAAUCUCAUGCAAAGUGUGAAAGAAACAGUACGUGCAGCAGAAUGUGCUAGUAUAAAGAUACGCACUGCUUCUGGUAUGAAACUACGUUGGGUGCGUCGUCAACCAUGGUAUCAAUAUUAAAAUUUAUACCAAUGUGAGAAAAGUCCCAAGAAGAAUGUGCAAGAUUUUGGUAAAAAAAUAUUUAUUACAUAUACAGUAUACAAUAGACCACGCAAGAAAGUAUACAUAUAUCUCCACUUCGGGACCGUCGCUAAAUACUCUCGCUAGAGAUAUGUUUUAUCUUCCUAAGAAAUUAAAUCUUUCCUUUACAAAAAUUGGGCUGUUUGCAAAGAAGACGUAGUGAGCGAGACAAAGUAAUCUUCCUACUACGGCAGUUUGUUAUAUUUCAGUUAAAUGUAUCGUGUUCAAUAUCAAUUAGUAGAAUAUUAUUUUUAUUAAUCUUUUUGCUUAGCUGAAUUAAAAAAUACCAUUAAACAUAUAUAUAUAUGUAUAAUAAAGAGCAUAACUGAACCAAUAACCACAAGUUUUAUAUAAAUCAUUAUUUAAUGUUAAGAACACUAACAGAUAUAAAAAAAUAAACAUACAUACAUUUUUGUCACAGUUAGAAAUAACAUAAGUUGUUUUAACAAUUAAUGUCUUUUUAUUUAUUAAUAGCAACAAAAAUAGAUUGACUUGGUUUUGCACCACGUUCAAAAUUCGGCAGUAUUUAUUAUGUUAUUUAUUCUUAAUACUUUGUUCACAAUCCUUUCGCUUGCAAAACUGCACUAAUUCGAUUCGGCAUACUCUCUAUUAAAUUUCUGCAAUAAUCUCUGGAAAUAGUUGUUCCUACUAUUCUUUAAUCCUAGUAUAUAUUUCUGUGAUCGAUGUUGAGAAUUAUACAAAUCCCGCAUUCGCUUUUUUAAUAAACCUCAUAGAUUUUCUAUGGGGUUAAGGUCAGGGCUCUGUGCAGACCACUCCAAAACAGAAAAUUUUUUAAAUAAUGAUUUACUAAAAAUUUCUUACCAUUUUGGUUUAGUUAUGCUCCUUACUGUAUAUAUACAGGGUAUCCCAGAACUGGUGUAACAUCUCUUGUAGACAAGUAGAAAGAGUCGAAAAAACUGAGUCGAAAAGUCCUAUACUAUUUUUUUUUGCUAGAUUCGCAAUAGAGAGAGUUAACGAGUUUUUAAUAA